AUGCUGUCAAGUUCAUGAUGAAUGUUACGGUCGCAUUACGAACGAUCCAGACUUGUGUAGGUUUUCUUCGUCUGUUUAUUGGAAAAUAUACGGUAGAGAUGACACCUGUACUGGUUGUGCUGAUGAAGAGGGUUCAUGUGAGCGGGCCAUUUGUGAAUGUGACGGAGCAGCAGCCAGGUGUUUUGCCGAGUCAGAAUGGAACGAAGAGCAUUUUAAUUGGCCACCCGAACAGUGUUGACGCACAAAAGAACGACACCAGCACUGAACAAAGUUGAGAAUAGAGAGAGAAAAAUGGAAACAAACUUCUUAUGAUUUAGUUCGACAUAUAACACAUAAAAUUGUAGGAGAGACUGUAAUGACAAUAAA